AGUCAUCCCGCUCGUUCCACUCCGCUGCUUGUGUUGCAGCGAAGACGCGCUGGUCAUGUGACCACCGUGUCAGAGCUCCGUUUGGUUCUGGAUUCGGCUGGACAAGAUGGCGGCCUCCUCAGGAGUCAAAGUUCCCCGCAAUUUUCGUUUGCUGGAAGAGCUUGAAGAAGGCCAGAAGGGAGUAGGUGAUGGUACGGUCAGCUGGGGCCUGGAGGACGACGAAGAUAUGACUCUCACAAGAUGGACAGGCAUGAUCAUUGGACCUGCGCGGACUAACUAUGAAAACCGAAUAUACAGCCUCAAAGUAGAAUGUGGACCUAAAUACCCAGAAGUACCACCGUCUGUUAGAUUUGUAACGAAAAUUAGUAUGAAUGGCAUAAAUAAUUCCAACGGAACGGUCGAUGCACGUAGCAUACCAAUUCUAGCAAAAUGGCAAAAUUCUUAUAGCAUUAAAGUUGUUCUUCAAGAGCUGCGGCGUCUAAUGAUGUCCAAAGAGAAUAUGAAGCUUCCACAACCACCAGAAGGACAGACCUACAGCAAUUAAUCCUAAUAGAUCCUUUUGACCCUCUGUCUUAAAUCUUCUCUUAAAUGUCUUGUAAAUUUUCACAAUGCUCACCAACCAUGCAAAGGAUUUCAUCUUAAGGUCAGGAUUGGGACAUUUUUGUUCAUUAAAUCAAAACAUCCAGUAAAAUUGCCUGUUCUUUGUGGCAGUUAAAAGAUUAAAACGAGAACCGCUCCGAGUAAUUCGUUCUUUUUCAAGGCACUCAGAAUAUGAACGUGGGAACUUAAGACGGCUUUCUGCUUAGAGAAAAGCAUGACACAAACGGUCGUUGCUGCAAACCUAAACGUAUGUUAAGAUGACUGGUCACCAUAAAACAUAGAAUGUGUAUAUAGAGGCAUGCUUUAAAUGACAUUAAUAAUGAGCUGCAUAUUAAGUUGUAUGUUAGUGAAACCUAGCGGGUACACUAAACUAUGUUGCAGAAUCUGUUCAUAAGUAUUAAAGUGUGGCUGUAGACUACUAGUAGUAUCACAGAGUGUUAAGGGUUGUUUUUCAUAUCUGUAUUUAUGACACAAUACCAGCUGAUUUCUGUUAAGCAGCUCUGUGUAUGUACCAGUAAUUGCAGAUUUGUCUUUGUUCUAAACAACAUGCAUUUAACUUUAGUGAAAAUAAGACAAUAGGUGUAUGGAAAUGUCAUUUUCUGAGAUUAAAAUCGGUCUGCAAUUUAAAUAUGGACUUUCUUUUUUCCUUGGCAAACUAUGUAUGCCCUCAUGGUACAUUCUUCCAUAUACAAAAAUGAUUGGUAAUGUUUUAUUGCAGUGCAUGCUGGGAAGGAGUAAGUCACGAAUCAUAAAGGGAAUCAUGAUGAUCGACUGCCAGUUUAGUUUUCGCUGUUUGCUCCUGGUUGGUUUGGUGUUUGUUUGCUUUUGUUUUAAACACAAGCUGGCCAGAUCCGCACAUGUCCCAGUCUUAUGAUGCCUAUUUCUGAGCCACGUGCUCUUCUGUAUAAACCAUGCAUUGGCCUUAAACAUCUAGUGGUUGAACCCAGGGAGCUUAGCCUUUAAAAAAAAAAAUGGCUGCCUAGCAUCUACAAAUGGAUGAUUGUUUUAAUAGUUUUUUUUUUUUUUUUUUUGGUCCAGUUAUACUGUUGAGAAACUCAGUUUUGUUACAUGUAUGAUGGUGUCUCCCCUGAAGCAGAGCGUAGGUUAAAGUGUGACCUGUUGGAGACUUAAAAAUUGGCCACUUAAAAUGCUCUUUGUUGAGUGGAAUUGACAAUAUCGCUUUAAAUGACUUUGUAAACCUACAUCCUUUUGGGUUUCCGACAUGUUUAUUUUUCUGUACUUUGUUUUUGUUUUUUAUUUUUCCUGGUUAAGCUUUAACCAUUAAGGUGCCAAGACAGACACAGUAGGCACAAAUGUUGGAGAGAAGGUGAGCGAUUCUUGUACCUGCAAUGAUUUAGCUGUUAAUAAAGAUUCUCUGUAUCUUACGAUACAGUGGACCAGAAUCCACUGGGUUGGAAUGUUUGAUCAAUAAAGCUUCAAGUCAAACCGCU